AUGCAGGUAGUCAGGAACUGGGUUUGUCACAAAACCUAUGUGACCUCACAGAGACCAUUUGGGAAAUCACAUCUUCAUAAGGAUCUGAAGCUGAUCAGUGGAGAUGGGUUCUGGAAUAAACUUGAUGUCUGGAGGGUCAAAUUUGCUCUGGCUAAGAUCUGUAAGGCUCCUUGGGAGCUGCUAAUACUGAGCAAAAAGGACCCACGACAUCUUUUUUAA